AUGCCGGCUACAGGGCUGGGCGAGGGCAAACUCUCCCCGGUGCCUUGGAACGAAAAUAUCGACUAUCUCGCGCAGCCUGGCGGGUUCAUCGACUCGUGGAAUGGAAGCUUCAUCACCUCAAACACACUCGACGCCGCGACGGGCGAGCAUCUCGGCUCCAGCCACAAGCUGCUCGUCGGCCGAACCUCGUGCGUGCGCGUGCUCGCCUUUGGCUUCCUUUACUCCGAAUAG